AAAAGCGCUGUCGCUUCUCAGUUCUUCACUGGUGCGCUUUGGACUACCCACUUGACGCGCGCCUUUUCAGUAACGGAUUGUCUGUGCUGAGUUUGCUUUCCUUGACAUGUUGUGUUGACAGUGUUGGGACUAGUUAGCGAAGAUGUGCUGAAGCCACCGGUAAACGAUAGCUUGUUGACAGUUAUUUUUAGUUCCCGCCCGCCGCACGAUGAAAGAGAAACGGACCGCGAAAUCACCAGUGGUGCACUGUGACAAGUGAAGUGCAAGCAGCAGUCAACAGAGGUCCAUUUUGGAAGGAAUUGUAGAACGAUGAAGUCGAGGAGAGACAAACUGAAAAUCCCCUCCCUUACUUUAGAUUUGUCACCCACUUGCCAAAGCCCAACUCUACUGAGCCCAUGCAGCCCCUGCAGCCCCUUACAAACCCUACAUCCCUGGAGUUGCCGGAGCAGCAACAGGAAGAGUCUUGGCGUGGGGACACCGUCUCCCACUCUGUCACGCCCUCUCUCCCCACUCUCCGUCCACACCGCUGCCAGCAGUCCCCUAGACAGCCCUCGGAAUGUAUCCACCUGUGCCUCCCUCAACUUCGCAUUCGCUCGCAGAGCGGAAGGCAGAAGAUGGUCGCUGGCGUCCCUCCCUUCUUCCGGCUACGGAACCAAUCCCCCCAGCUCUACCGUCUCUUCCUCCUCCUCCUCCCAGGAACGCCUGCACCAGCUGCCCUACCAGCCCACUCAAGACCAACUCCACUUCCUGUUCAAGCACUUCCGCAGCUCGGAGAAUGUGGCCGACGAGGAAGUGCGACCCUCACCGUUCAUCCGCCCUCGCUCCCACAGCCUCAGCCCCGGAAGAACAAUGGGUUCAUUCGAUAAUGAGGUCGUCAUGAUGAACCAUGUUUACAAAGAACGUUUUCCUAAGGCCACAGUGCAGAUGGAGGAGCGCUUGCUGGAUAUCGUCACUGCCUGCUCCCCAGACAGCACCCUCCCACUGUCUGACGGCGUACUGGGCUUCAUCCAGCACCAGCUGGUGGAGCUGGUCCGAGACUGUCUGGACAAGUCCCACACGGGCCUGGUCACCUCGCGCUACUUUGUGGAGCUGCAGGAUAAACUGGAGAAGCUGCUCCAUGAGGCGUACGAUCGCUCGGAGAGCGAGGAGGUAUCCGUCAUCACCCAGCUGGUGAAGAAGAUUCUCAUCAUCAUAUCCCGACCGGCGAGGCUGCUUGAGUGCCUGGAAUUUGACCCGGAAGAGUUCUAUCAUCUGCUGGAGGCAGCCGAGGGUCAUGCCAAAGAGGGCCAGGGCAUCAAGACGGACAUUCCACGUUACAUCAUCAACCAACUGGGCUUGACUCGCGACCCCCUCGAAGAUAUGGUACAGCUUGAACAGUCUGCUCCGUCAAUGACAGUGAAAUUUGAUGUGGAGCAGAAUAAGUGUCCACAGACCCCAACGCGAAGGAAACCGCUGGAGAGUGACUUUGAAACCAUCAAGCUCAUCAGUAAUGGAGCUUAUGGGGCUGUGUACCUGGUCCGUCACAGAAACACCCGGCAGCGUUUCGCCAUGAAGAAGAUCAACCGGCAGAACCUAGUCCUGAGGAACCAGAUCCAGCAGGUGUUUGUGGAGCGGGACAUCCUGACCUUCGCCGAGAACCCCUUCGUGGUCUCCAUGUUUUGCUCCUUUGAGACACGACGCCACCUGUGCAUGGUGAUGGAGUAUGUGGAAGGUGGGGACUGUGCCAACCUGCUGAAGAACAUGGGCCCCCUUCCUGUGGACAUGACCCGGAUGUACUUUGCUGAGACUGUGCUGGCCUUAGAGUACCUUCACAACUACGGCAUCGUCCAUAGAGACCUCAAACCUGACAACUUGUUGAUCACCUCUAUGGGCCACAUCAAACUGACUGACUUUGGCCUAUCCAGAGUUGGCCUGAUGAACAUGACUACCAACCUGUAUGAGGGUCACAUGGAGAAAGACACCAGGGAGUUCAUCGACAAACAGGUGUGUGGCACCCCAGAGUACAUAGCCCCAGAGGUGAUACUGAGACAGGGCUAUGGGAAGCCAGUAGACUGGUGGGCCAUGGGAGUCAUCCUGUAUGAGUUCCUGGUUGGAUGUGUGCCCUUCUUUGGGGACACACCCGAGGAACUCUUUGGGCAGGUUGUCAGUGAUGACAUCACCUGGCCCGAUGGGGACGAAGCUUUACCUGCAGACGCCCAGGACAUGAUCACACGGCUGCUGAGGCAGAGCCCUCUGGAGCGCCUGGGGACAGGAGGAGCACCUGAGGUCAAACAACACCCAUUUUUCUUGCAUCUGGACUGGAACGGGCUACUGCGACAGAAAGCAGAAUUCAUCCCUCAACUGGAAGCGGAAGACGACACCAGCUACUUUGACACUCGCUCAGAGCGGUACCACCAUUUGGCCUCAGAUGAGGAUGAUGAAACCAACGAUGAAGAGUCUUCCCUGGAAAUCCGACAGUUCUCCUCCUGGUCCAACCGCUUAAGCAAGGUAUACAGCAGCACAGAACAUCUGGCCACGCCGUCCAACCUGAGCUUCUCAUCGGGCCACAGCGAGGACAAGGAGGGCUGGGAUGGAUGUUUCACGCCCUCCCCAGGAGGAGACAUCCACAGACAGGAACGCCAGCAUCAAGAUCGCAGGGGCAGCCUGCGCCCUCGGGCCUCGUCCAGUUCCUCCCAAUCUGAGAGGAGCGCCAGCCCCCUGGUGAUGAGCAGCACCCACAGUCUGGAGACCACGCCGCGCUUCGCCUUCUCCACAGACGAUGAAGCUGAGGUGGUUGUAUCAAACCUGCAUCGGAUUCGUAGCAACAGCACCGGAGCGAAACACUCUUCCCCCAAGGACCACGGGGCCUCCCGACGCUUUGGGAACCAGCUGGAGACGCCAGACAGACAGACACCAGACAGUCCGAGGCUUGGGGGCAAACUACCCAAGUGUGCUUCCGUCUCCGCCCUGUCUCUCGUCAUCACUGCAGACGACAUGCUCGGCGGCCUCCAGCCCAGCCCCAUCUUAACGCGCUCCCUCUCGUCCAACCCUUCAUCUCGCGACUCAUCCCCGAGCCGAGACCUGUCGCUUAGCCUCAGCAUCCUGGGGCCACCCAUCGUCAUCCACAGCUCGGGGAGGAAGUACGGCUUCACCAUGCAGGCCAUCCGCGUCUACAUGGGUGACAGCGACGUUUACACUGUGCACCACAUGGUCUCGAGUGUCGAAUAUGGCAGCCCAGCCCACGAGGCAGGACUGAGGGCCGGUGACCUCAUCACUCACGUGAAUGGAGAGUCGGUGCAAGGCCUGGUCCACACAGAGAUAAUGGAGCUGCUUCUGAAGAGUGGCGGCAAGGUGGCCCUUCAGACCACGGCACUGGAGAACACGUCAAUCAAGGUUGGGCCGGCUCGAAAGACCAGCCACAAGGGCAAAAUGGCAAGACGCAGCAAGAAAAGCAAGAGAAGGGACAAUCAGGACAGGCGGCGGAGCGUCCUGAAGAAGCUGUCCAAGCAAAGCACAGUGAUGCACAGCAGCCGAAGCUUCAACUCUGGACUGCAACACCACUCUGUGUCGUCCAGCGAGAGCCUGCCGGGCUCCCCCACACACAGCCUGUCCCCCGGCCCCUCCACCCCCUGUCGCAGCCCUGCCCCUGACCACCAGGCUGGAGACACCAACUCUCCACAGAGCACCUCUCCCAGCUCCCUGCACGGCCUGGCCUCCAAGCUGGGCACUCAGCGCUACACCAAGGUGGGUCGUCGCAAGUCCACCAGCAGCAUCCCCCCGUCCCCCCUGGCCUGCAACUCCUCCACCCAGCCCCUGUCACCCCAGCGCUCCCCCUCCCCCCUCUUUGGCAUCACCAAGACCUUCCACAGCAAGACUCUGUCCCCCCCCACCAUCGUCCGCCAUUGUUUGCGCCCCCGCAGUGCCGAGCCGCCCCACUCCCCCCUCCUCAAGAGGGUGCAGUCAGCAGAGAGGCUCUCGAGCGCCUACCACACCGACAAGAAGUCGUACCCCCACCGAAGGCACACAUUGGAGGUGCCUUUCCAGGACGAGGUGGAGGGAGUCUGUGGCAGAGGGGACCACGGGAGGCUGCUGGUGGGGUACGGGGGCUGCCAAAGGCUGAGGGACUGGGCGUCGGAACGCUCAGAGCAGCUGGUGGUGAUGAGGAAGCUCAACCUGUCGGAGCGCCGCGACUCCUUCAAGAAGCAGGAGGCGGUGCAGGAGGUGAGCUUUGAUGAGCCUGACAACCAGAAGACCAUCCCCACGGUCACCGCAACAACGCUAAAUGCCCCUGGAGGCAAUCGGGUCCCGCAGCGGGCGGCCUCCUGGACAUCUAUUUCCCAAACCAGCGAGGAGUUGACUGUGGUGAAACGUUUCAACGUGGUGCCUCAGAUUGCUGUGCAGGGCUUGACGGAGAGCGAGGACCAGGACGACUGGGAACCGUGCUCUGACGGAGAGGAGGACGACGGCGAGAGACAGGAGCCCAAAUAUACUGAUUCCAACACAGCAGCCGGGCAAGGAUGUCUCUCUCAUGGUAAAAUCUCCAGUAAGGCACCAGAAGUGACAGCUGCUUUGCACAAGGAAAGCCCUGCUUCGGAUCAGGUUGGUGAUACAGCAGUGGACUCUAGCCCCCAGAAAGGGAAGCUAAGGAAGUGACAUUUCCUUGACUCAUUUUAUAUAGCCAUUUCUUCCAAGGAAGCACCUUGAUACUCUCACUGCUGAAGGAAGGAAAUGUUUGGGCGAAAGAGUAUUUUGCCACAUUGAUUUUGUUUUGUAGAUUUCACUUGAUUCGGGACAUAGUUUUGUAAAUAUGUAACACCAGGAAAUAGACUGCACUUCAUUUCCUGGGGUUAUUUAUUACUUUUAAACUAAUAUGAUUUAUAAUGGGGCCAAAAAAGGAAGGUGUUCAAUUGAUAGUGACUAGCCAAGAUUAAGUCAUGUUUUGUAUUCAUAGAAAUAUUUAUUUUCUAUUGACAUGAUUUUUCUAGAAAUGUCUAUUUUUAAACAUGGUACAGAGUAGUUGAUAAUGGUACAAAUUUCACAGAAGUAAGUCGUUUUUGGAGAGGAAAGUGUUGACAUUUUUUCCGCAUUCAUAAAUUGAAAGUAGGAAUGUAAUAAUCUUAAUUUCUACAGAUUACCACAAUUUGAAAGUUGUUUUGAUUUAGGCUUGGAAACUGAGACUACAGUUUUGAAGUAUAUUUUGAAUUGUACAAAACUGUAGGGCAAUUCUUAUAUGAACUACUUAGGUCAGUUUUUAGUUGAUGUGAAGACUACUCACUAUUUGUUUGGUUUUUGUUUAAUUAAGCCAUAUCUUAUGAACUGAUGGCCCUUUUUGUUUGACGAAUUGAUGUUAUUUCCUUGUUGGCAGGCUUGGCAGUAGCAGGAAAAUGUAGUCCCCUUUACAAAUAUUGUUUAUAUUUCAAAGCAAUUUUAUGCAACGCGGAGGGUAUUUCUUUCAAUCUUAGCCACCAUAGAAAUGAAAGCAAGUGUUUCACAUGAAAUUCAGUAACUAGUUAGUUUUAAAACCUGCUAAUUACAUUGCACAAUAUUGUGUCAUAACCUCAUUGUCAUGUUCGUUCAUCCUGAUGUUGUUCUAUUGGGUUCAUGGUUCCGCUGUACUGAUUCUCAUGGCAACAGGGUUUUACCCCUUGGUUUUGACUUAAAUCAGUUGAACAUUGGUGUAGCAUGGCAAUUUGAACUUGCUGUCCAUGCUUAUACUACAAAAGCAUGAAACUUUGUUCUUAUCAAAUACUGUUACCUCAUCACUGUCACACAGGCACUUGUUGACAGGAUAUUGUUUUGAUAAGGCACAGAUAGUUUUGCUCUUAACCCUGUUUUAGGCUACAUCCAGGAAUACAGUUAUCCAGGUAACACCACCAAGCUAAAGAGAAACCGUUUAAGCUUUCACAGGAUCCGCUUGCAUAUUUUCAAUUAUCCUUGAUACAGCCUUUGACCUUAUCUACAUUUAUACAACGAGUGGGUCUAAUCCUGAAUGCUGGUUGGUUAAAAGUGCAUUCCAGACGGUGUCUAUUUCAUCUUGUGCUUUUGCAUUGAUGUUUACAUUGGGGUAAAGUGCACUAAGGAAAAUUACUAUUUUGACAGACAUUUUUUUUAUUUUACCGAUUUAAAUUAUUAUUAUUUUUUUUAUUAUAUGGAAGAGUCAAUAAUGAAGGAGCACCAAAUACCUUCAGUCAGACCCCAGGGCUUAGAUAUUAACAGAUGCUAGUUUUAUGUCUUUGUACUGUACAUGUAUAUAUUUUGAUAUCUGAGUCUAAUUCUGUAUGAAUUGUUAUUGUAUUAUUUGGAGUAUACCAAGCAACGUGAACAACCAUGGCUGACCUGUUGCACAAGCAACGUGAACGACCAUGGCUGACCUGUUGCACAAGCAACGUGAACGACCAUGGCUGACCUGUUGCACAAGCAACGUGAACGACCAUGGCUGACCUGUUGCACAAGCAACGUGAACGACCAUGGCUGUAAGAAUGGGCCUCUGAUGAAGCAAGGAUGAAGCUUGUGGGGAAUCACAUCAGUAUUGCAAUGCAUAUAAUACAAUGCAUAUAAUUAAUUAGCGGUGUUGAACACCAUCAUUUUGGCCCAUUUUAUACACCAAAGUAGUUUUGAAGGUUGAUAUUGUCAAAUGGUACUUCCUGUUAUUUAUCCCUCUUUAUAUAUCAAAAGAGGGGGGCUCUUUAGAAGUCUCAACAGAUCCUCAGACUAUAUUUUCAGACCAGAUGAACUGCUCAGAAGUCAGUGGUAGUGAAAUGAAGUUAUACCGAAGACUCACAAAGUCAGAGUUGUUUACAAUGAACAUGCUAUAUACACAAUUGAAACAAAUAGAAUUUUGGAAUCCUGUAUUUCUACAUAAUGAAACCAUUCUUUGAUACCAUGUACUGUGAAGCUAUUGUGUUAGUCUGCACAUUUCAACACUACAUCAUUUUACACAAGUACCUUUUUGAACUAAAUCUUCCUUAAACUGUUGUAUAGGAAUACUGUAGGAUGCAGUUAUUCUUGUUGGAUGCAUGCUGCAUGAGACAAGGACACGUAAUACUUGAUUGCAUGUAACUCUGGGUUUAUAAAGCCCAUGCUGUGGUUUUUAAUGUGUGUCUAAUAGCAUUGUGCGCUCAGUCAACUUUUGCACUUUCCUCUCACUCCUACUCAUCAUGCCCUGAACCAGAUGUGAUCAUAUACAAAUUUAAGCAAGGUUUGAAAUAAUUAUGUUUUAGUCAAAUAUUCUUGCGGUCAAUUUGCAUUUAACUAAUUAUUUGGAAUUAGAUUCCGACCCACCGACGAUCAGCUCAAAAAAAAAUCUGCCCGUGACUGCAAAAUUUGAUGAUCCCUGUCAUGAGGGAUGCAUGUGGUUCAAGGGCUGGGAGUGAGCUUAGAAGGUUUGGCUACACAUCAGUCUGAAAUGCUUUGUCUUUUGCAUUUAACCCUCAUUCUGACGCUUUGCCAUUUUGUCUAUCUAACACCUCUAUGCUCACUUAGAUGUAGACUAAGGGUACCUGUAUAUUGUAGCACACUUACAGGGUAAAAUGGAAGAACAUUUCCACAUUCAUUAUUUCUGUUUAAUUAUGUGAUUUUGUUAGCACUGUACCUCCACUAUUUCUAAUUUCCAUUUUAUGUGAAUAUGGAUAUACUGUAUAAGCCAACUUUAUCUGGCUAGUUUCUAAAAGAAAAUGGUUCUAACACUAUGGCCUAGCUCCCUAUUCAAACAAAAGCAAAUGUUGAAUAAAUGGAUGGCAGGCUCGGAUGUUAUUAUGCCUAUGGUUGGGUUGGACUGUUGAAUGUAUUUUCCAGUAAGUAAGUGUUUGUACUUUCAUAAUAAAGGAAUUGUGAUAGGAGACUUCAGAUGGGAAUCCUAAAAAUGUUGCAGGUUCAUAUGACUUUGCCGUUCAACAUCUGUCUGCUUUGAGUAGUGAGGUGUGCUUUCCCUGGUGCAAGUGUCAAUGAUCUAUUUUGUGUUUUUAUUGGCUGUUCCCAACCUGUUUUAUGAUCAACUGUUUCCAUAUGGCAUUUGAUGAAUGCACUCAUAGUCACAUCUUUUUGUUUUAAGAAUAUAUUGUUCACUGAAUUGUAAUGAAUGCACUCAUGGCUUCACGAUUA